AUAACCCACUUGGGUUGCGUGCACUGUUCACUUGGCUUCUCUCAGUCUCCAAGUCUACUCCUCGUCUUACUUUCCCUUUAACCUUCCCUCAUCCUCUCCCAAAUUUUCCGUCAAAAUGCCAAUCACCAAAGACCCCUCUACUCCCCCGCCUACGAUCGGUAAAAUUGGGCCGUACACUGUCUUCGUGACCCCACCUUCUACUCCGAAACCGGCUGAACCGGUCUUCGAGUCCCCCAAGAAGGUUGCGCCGCCGCCUAUGGUUCAGCCUCCUCCGCAGCAGUUGGAUAAGUCGGUAUCUACCCGAUCCACACACAAUGGGUCUGCUGCUCCGGGGUUCUUUAAAAAUGCAGUCACCAGAGUCCAAAAUGCACAUUCAAGCUUGGAUGAUCGUUUGGCGCGGUGGUUUGGGUUAGAUCAGUCCAAGUAUCAGUGGGCAUUGGAUGAUUAUUAUGAGAGCAAGGGAUUGGGAAAGGAAGAUGGAAAGGCCAAAGAGAUGACAAGCAAACUACAGAGUGUGUAACAUUGUUUUUAGGUCGGUAACUUGAUCUUUCAUGUGAUUUCGAGAUGUCUCUGUUACAUCCCCAUUGUUGAUCCAAGUGAGAUUGGUUGUUGAGUCUCUUUUGUCUAGUAUAGAUAUAUAUUUAUAAGAGCAAUUUAAUUCUCUAUAGCCUCACCGGCUGCUGUCAAGAGUAUCAUUAUACAGAAAUGCCGAGUGGUGUAAUAUCAUUACAAAGUCCAAUUGUCAUGAAAUUACUUGUUGCUCUUAGUUUUGUACUCCAUUGAAGCUGCCAUCUAAUUUACUGUUUUUUUUGUGUAGAUUUGAUUAUGUAUUAUGUAUUUGGCUAUAGUUUGCAAGAAGUGAAAAUUGU